AUGUGCCAUGUCUCGUUAAGUCGCUAUGUGAAUGCUCUACGUAACAACUUACAGCCUAAAGUAGGAUACAGCCCAUACAAUAGGGUGUUUACUGUUCAACAGGAGUCCCAGCUAAUCGAAUACUGCGAAAAAUCUGUUAAUUUAUAUUUUGGAUUAACUACAAAGGAUCUCCGAAAACUUGCAUUUCAGUUUGCAUCUGCUAACCGGCUUCCUUAUCCUCAAAAAUGUAAUGAUGCAGAACUGGCUAGUGAAGAUUGGCUCACAACUUUUCUCAGAAGAAAUCCGGGAUUAACGUUGCGCACCCCUCAAGCUACCAGCCUCGCACGAGCCAUGAAUUUUAAUAGGGAGAACGUUUCAAACUUUUUUAAUAAACUGGCAACUGUCUUGGAAAGAUAUAGUUUUGAGCCACAAAAUAUUUACAAUAUUGACGAAACUGGUGUCUCCACUGUUCAGAAGCCGUCAAAGGUAAUUGCCAAAAAAGGAACGAAACAAGUCGGAUCAGUAGCAUCGCAAGAGCGUGGAACCCUCUGCGUUGCUGUAAACGCUAUUGGAAAAGUAAUUCCAGCAAUGUUUGUAUUUCCUCGCAUACAUUUUAAGGAUCAUUUUAUUAGAGAUGGGCCUAUUGGUUCUGUUGGGGCAGGCAAUAAGUCGGGAUGGAUGCAGGAACGUGAGUUUAUUGACUUCAUGAAACACAUCGUGAACCAUGCUAAGCCCAACGAAUCAAACAGAGUCCUGAUGUUAUUGGAUAAUCACUCGUCACAUGUAUCAAUCAACUUAAUUGAUUAUUGCAGAGCAAAUUUCAUAACGCUAUUGUCUUUCCCACCACACACCUCCCACCGACUACAACCUUUAAAUCGAGGUGUGUAUGGUCCCUUUAAGAAAUAUUUCAACAAUGCUGCUGAUCAGUGGAUGAAAAAUAAUCCUGGAAAACGAAUGACCAUCUACGAUUUACCAUCAAUAGUUACAGCGUCCCUUCCUUUGGCCACUACGCCAUCAAAUAUCCAAGCUGGUUUCGCGUGCACUGGAAUUUGGCCUUUUAAUCGUGAAAUAUUUUCAGAUUCCGAUUUUCUACCAUCCACUGUUACUGACAGACCACUUAAUACCCACCAAACAGAACCCGGACCAACAACUGAUAGAGACACCCCUUCGCCCCAACCAGGCCCAUCAACCACUCGGGAUGCCUCUUCGCCCCAACCAAACCCAUCAACUGAUCCCCAACCAGGUUCAUUAAUUCAGUCUCCACAACCAGGAACACCAAGGACUACCAUUGAACCAAAAAAUAAACCAACAUUAUCAUUUACAAAUAGAGAAACUACUCCUUCACCACAACCACAAUCUACAAUAUUCAUUACACCCGAUAUUCUAAAACCUUUACCUAAAGCAGAUCUUUUUAAACCAAAAAAAGGGGGCCGAAUGACAAGAAAAACUGCAAUCUUGAACGAUACGCCAGAAAAGAACUUAAUUGAAGAAGAAAAUCUAAAGAAAAAAAAAUCCAGCAAAACGCAAAAUUGUUCAAGAUAA